CAAUAAUCCCAUAUGGAUUUGAAAUACAUGCAGAUGAAGGUGAUGAAAGUAUAGUUGCCGUCCAAACUACCAAACCAUUUUGGGCCGUCCCAAUAGUUAGGACGGCUGAAGGUGAAUGGAAAUUAUAUUUAUAUCUUGAUCCUGUAGUUUGGUUUGUUGCAUUCUAUUCAAGUGAAGAGACCGAUAUA